AUGGCAACACAACACGAAACUGAGCAUCCUAAGAAGGCUUUCGGAUGGGCUGCAAGGGAUCCUUCUGGUGUUCUCUCCCCUUUCAAUUUCUCCAGAAGGGAAACGGGUGAAAAAGAUGUGGCAUUCAAAGUAUUGUAUUGUGGGAUAUGUCACUCAGACCUCCACAUGGCGAAAAACGAAUGGGGCUUUUCAAUCUAUCCAUUAGUCCCAGGGCAUGAGCUAGUUGGUGUAGUGACAGAGGUGGGCAGCAAAGUUCAAAAGUUCAAAGUUGGGGACAAGGUGGGUGUGGGAUGCAUAGUUGACUCCUGCGGCACAUGCCAAAACUGUGUUGACAAUCUUGAGAAUUAUUGUUCACAAUAUACGCUCACAUAUAGUGGCAAAUAUAGAGAUGGCACAGUCACAUACGGAGGCUACUCUGACUUAAUGGUUACAGAUGAACACUUUGUGGUUCGCAUUCCUGAUGGCUUACCUCUUGAUGUUGCUGCUCCUCUCCUUUGCGCUGGGAUCACAGUGUAUAGCCCUUUGAGAUAUUUUGGACUUGACAAGCCUAAUCUUCAUGUGGGUGUGGUUGGUCUUGGUGGGCUUGGUCAUAUGGCCGUCAAGUUUGCCAAAGCUUUUGGGGUUAAGGUGACAGCAAUCAGUACAUCACCCAACAAAAAGGAGGAAGCAAUACAACGUUUGGGAGCUGAUUCUUUUCUUUUAAGCCGUGACCAAGAUCAGAUGCAGGGUGCAAAGGGAACUUUUAAUGGUAUUAUUGACACAGUUUCUGCUGUUCAUCCUCUCUUACCUCUGAUUGGUUUACUCAAGUCUCAUGGAAAGCUUGUAUUAGUUGGUGCACCAGAGAAGCCUCUUGAGCUGCCGGUCUUUCCUUUACUUCAGGGAAGAAAGAUAGUAGCUGGGAGUGGCAUUGGAGGGAUGAAGGAGACCCAAGAGAUGAUUGAUUUUGCUUAUGAACACAAUAUAAAACCUGACAUUGAAGUCAUUGCUAUGGAUUAUGUCAACACAGCAAUGGAACGCCUACUUAAAGCAGAUGUUAAAUAUAGAUUUGUGAUUGACAUUGGAAACACUAUGAAACCAAGUUCAUGA